ACUUGCCAAAAAUGAAAAGUAUAAAAUCGCGAAAUCUUGCCACCAGAUUAUCACUGCAGAUACAGAGAUACAGAGUUACCAAAAUGAAGUCGUUCGCUGUUCUUUUCCUCUUGUGCGUUAUCGUAGGAUUUGCCGUGGCGACCUCAACCACUACAGAAUAUGAUUACGAAAUUGAGACAUCUACCACUGAGGGUUCCACUACCACAGUUGCCUCUGCCACUACCCUAGCUCCCCCGGCGCAACCUCCAUGUGGAAGCGGACCCCAAGGACCCCAAGGACCCUGUGGACAGGUCCCUCCCCAACUGCCGCCCUGCGUGGGAGGUCCUGGUGGACUUUGCGGCAAGAAACUGUACUUCUUCUACUAA